GAUGAGGAUCAGAAAUAAUGUUUAUCUCGAUUCUGGACAUUACAGUAACUCCGAGUUAGGAAUGGGGCAUGCUAACAAUUUACUGUAAAAGUUAACAUCUGUCACAAGUGCACAAUGAUGAUCAGAUUUCACCAAUAUACUAUUCUUAUGAGUGUUCUAACUUUAUCCAGAUCACAGCAAAAUCCUCCAGUCAAUACAGGAGGUGGAGACUUGGGUCCACCAGUUUGGCCUGGAGCACCACCCGGAUGGCGACCACAUGGAAACACAUCACCUCCGGUUCAACCAACGGAAAAUGUAAACACCUCACCGCGUUGGACGCCGAGUUCUUCAAUACCGGGAGCACCUCCUAAUUGGGCACCAAGUGGAAAUACAGUUGGUGCACCAAGAGUGCCUCCGGAACAUCUCGGUCCACCUUGGGGAGCAACAGCACCAGGUGAGGGUGAGGAAGACACCGGGGGAAUACCACCACGUGGUCCCCCACAACGUCGUCGUCCUUAUCAUGAUAUUGAAUUCCCUACAAUCAAGUAUCACCACCAACCACCUUAUGACUACGCCAACGCCAUUGCCAAAUCAAUGCUAUUCUACGAAGCUCAGAGAUCUGGAGAAUUGCCGUAUGAUCACAGAAUUCCUUGGAGAGGUGAUUCUGCCCUUAAUGACGGGGCGGAUGUCGGAUAUGAUUUAACUGGAGGAUAUUACGAUGGCGGAGGAUACAUCAAAUACGGCUUCCCGAUGGCAUACACGACCACAAUCCUUUCUUGGGGAAUCAUUCGUUACAGAAGAACCUACGAGGCAAUAGGCCAGCUCGAUCAUGCUCUCAAAACUAUUCGAUGGGCCACGGAUUACUUUCUGAAGUGCAGCGUUGGACCAACAGAAUUUUACGGUCAAGUUAGCGAUCAAAGCAGUGAUAUGAGAUAUAUUGGAACACCAGAACGAAUGAACUAUAAAAGAAAAUCUUAUGUUCUGACUGAAACAAAACCAGGUAGUGAUCUGAUAGGAGAAACAGCCGCUGCAUUGGCAGCCGCGUCAAUUGUGUUUUACGAAACUGACAGAGCUUAUUCAGAUGUUUUAAUUAAAAAUGCAAAAGAGCUUUAUGACUUUGCCGGAGGUUACAGAGGAAAAUAUCACGACUAUAUCAAACCAGCAGAAGCCGCAUACAGAUCUCAUAGCGGUUACAAAGAUGAACUUGCAUGGGCGGCAGCGUGGAUUUAUCGAAGGACAGGAGAUAAUGCAUUUUUAAGAGAAGCUAAGAGAAUAUAUAAAUCAGCAAAAUUGAACAGCCAGGCAAUUAUGUUCUCCUGGGACGACAAAAAAGUUGGAGUCCAGAUGCUGUUGGCUGAAAUGACGAAAAAGGAAAUUUACAAAACUCAAGUCAGAGCAUUCUGUCAAUGGUGUCUGCCCGGGGGAAAAUCUACUCACACCCAGAUGGGACUUUUGUUUGUCGCAGAAUGGGGACCGUUGCGAUAUGCUGCUAAUGCUGCGUUUAUUUGUUCAUUGGCUGCAGAAAUGGGUAUAAACUCUGAGCAAUACAGGCUAUUUGCUCUGAAGCAAAUCGGAUAUAUUCUUGGAUCAACCGGAAGAAGCUACGUUGUUGGUUUCGGAGAAAAUUCUCCCACAAAGUAUUUCCAUGAAGGAAGUUAUUGCCCAAGUCCUCCAGCUCCAUGCCCCGCAUUCUCCGCUAACUUUGAUAAUGCUCAUGUAUUGUAUGGAGCAUUGGUCGGGGGACCAAGCGAAGCCGAUACUUUUUACAACUCAAUCGAAAAGCGGGAACAAAGUAGCGUUGCGAUGGAUUAUAACGCCGGAUACCAGUCAGCGCUUGCUGCUGUUUUGGACAUCCAUGUAUUUGGGUUACAUAAUCGACCGAAACUAGAUAAACCAGGGCGAAUUUCAACAGCAAAUGAUACAAUGGACGAAGAAGAGGAUUCUGAAGAAAAAGAAGGAGACGGAGAAAUAGUUUAUGAUUAUCCUAAAGCGUUAUACAACUCCAUAUUAUUCUAUGAAGCACAAAGAUCUGGAUAUUUAGAAGUUGAUCGAAGAAUACCAUGGAGAUCAGAUUCUGCUGUUUAUGAUGGGACAGCAAUAAUGCAAGAUCUUGUUGGGGGAUAUUACGACGGCGGUGAUUACGUGAAAUAUACAUUUCCACUUGCAUUUACGAUCACAACACUAUCUUGGGGUGCGAUUGAAUAUUCCGAUGCAUACAAUACAACUGGUAGAUUGUUCGAUGUCCUGGGUGGUAUCAAGUGGGGAACUGACUAUUUAAUGAAGUGUCACAUUUCAGAAACUACUAUUGUAUCUCAAGUGGGAGAUCAAUAUUUCGAAACAAUGACUUGGGACAGGCCAGAGUAUAUCAAUGAUACAACAAAAAGGCCGGUACAAACGAUUACUGAUAAAACUCCAGGUGCAGAUGUUGUAAGCGAAAUGGCAGCUGCUUUUGCUGCAGUUUCUUUGGCAUUUGAAGAUUUGAUUGAUUCAGAUUAUCGCAAACAACUGCUCGACCGAGCGAAAUUGCUCUAUUCAUUUGCUGAUACUUAUGAAGGAAUUUACACCAAAUUUCAGCCUAACUCCAUCAGUACUUACAAUUCGACUGGAUAUCACGACGAGUUGGCAUGGGCUGCAAUGUGGAUUUACAAAGCUACAGGCGACACUCAGUAUCUCAAUAGUGCAAAAACAAUCUACAAUAAUCAUCUAUUAAAGACCCCGAAGACGUUCUCAUAUGAUGAUAAAACGGCUGCUCUUCAUCUAUUCAUGGCGGAACAAACUCAAGAUCCUGAACAACUCGUGAAAUUUUGUAACUGGGUUGUCAAUAAAGCCAAAAAGACGCCAAAAGGAUUGUUCUACCAAAUGUCGCCACCGACAAAGCACGCAGCCAAUGUUGCAUUUAUUCUACUACUUGCGAGUGAAAAAUUCGAAGGUCAUCCGGAUUCGUCGUCAUGGAAAUUCUUUGCACGUGAUCAAAUCAACUACAUUUUAGGAUCUUCUGGUCAAGGAUAUCAAGUUGGAUAUGGAGAUAACUUUCCACAGCAACCGUAUCAUAAAGCAAGCUCGUGUCCUCGUGUUCCACUUCCAUGCGGUUUCUCUUACAUGAAAACUGGAACACCCAACCAGCAGCUGUUAGUCGGAGCCGUGGUAGCAGGGCCUGAUUCCAAAGACGUGUAUGUAGACAAAAGGAUGCAGAGAAAACACACAGCAGUGAGCCUGGAUACAAAUGCUGGCUUCCAAUCUUCCGUCGCAGGACUUAUACACUUACAAAGAAAAGGACUUCUUGGAAACAGCGCGUCCACAGUUACAUUCUUUUUGAACAGACUAUCUUUUCCGAUUACUUUUCUACUUUCAGUGAUUUGGUUCAAUGUUGUCAUUUAUAUAUCAAAUUCAUCAUAACAAAUUCCUUCUAGUGAUGGCAACCCAAAGUAAAACUGGGACAUAAUCUUAAAUAGAAUUUUAAAUAUCAGGUAGGAUUUUGAGUGUGCUGGUUAAAAAUAUAAGCUCCAAAUGUAAUUAUUUCUUCGAGUCACUGGAAUCAAUGAAAACCUUUUUCACUGAACUUAGUUUAACAGCACAUCAUCUUAUAUUACAUAAAGAGAAAACUUCUCCGUCUGUACAAUUCCUAUUUUCACAUUCUGUAUCACGUUAUCCGCUAUAAAACAUUAUUUUGAAAGGAAGUACAAGCAAUUGUAAUUGGGAUAACGUGCCUUUAAAAUACAGUAAAUAUAAAUACCUUGAUGAAGGAUUAUGACGUACUAUUUCUUAGAAUUAUUAAUCUAUAUUGUGUGUUUAUUUGCUUCUUUACCUUUUGCAUUAAAUUUUUCCUAGUUGUUGAAGUAGAAGAGUGAAUAUGUAUAUUAUGGAAAGGACAUAAAUAUUAUGUAGUGGCAUGCGAAUUA